CCAUCUGUCAUCCAUUCUUUUCCGUUUUCUCCAAAAUGUGCUCCAAAUACUCCAGGACCUUCUUCUUCUUAUUACUCACAAUGCUUGUUUGUACAAUUGUGAUCUUUUCAAUGGCACCUAGAAUAACAAUGAGUUUUUGGACUUCAAAGGAAACUAAUAUAUUAUGGAGACGCAAAGAGACAGCUCAUUUGGAUUGUGGAAGAAUUUUGGCAAAUGAUAGAUCUUAUAUCGAAAAGUUUAUUGGUGAGCAUCGAAUACCCCUGAGCUCAAAUUUGGAGAGUUUAGAUAUGUCAUGUUAUUCAAUUCAAAAUCGAAUUAUUCCAUUCAAUUUUCAUUUGAGGCCGUUGAAAAUUGGUGUUGUAUUUGCACGAGUUGUCUAUAAAGACUAUGAAUUUUUGGAGAAACAAGUACAAAUGUCAUAUCAUCCACAGAAUAUAUUUUGCUUUUUCAUUGAUUCAAAAAGCAAAGAUGAUUUUAAAUGGAGAAUUAGGAGACUUGGUAGAUGUCUUCCAAAUGUAUUUGUAAUAGAUGAAGAACUUCGAAUAGAUUCAGCGGGUCAUAAUAUGAAUUUAGCACACUACAAAUGCAUGGAGAAGAUGGUAAAAUUACCGGAUUGGGAUUAUUUUAUACUGAUGCAAAAUCAUGACGUCGUUGGAAAAUCAGUUUAUGAAAUAUCUAGAAUAUUUGAGAUUCUUGAUGGUGCCAACGAUAUUGAUAUUGACAAGGAAUUCGGGAGAAUAGAUGAAAGUUUGAAGUGGGAUUUGAAAACGUUGAGAUUAUUUCGAGAUGAGUCUGCUCUCAACUCUACGUACUUGAACAGUACGUUACGAGUUUCCAAAGGAUCAGUGCAAGGAUCAUUGUCGAGAGCAGCAGUAGAAUGGAUGGUGAAGACAGUAAAUCCAAGAGUGUAUCUAGAUCAAUGGAAUGAAGGGGCGUACGGAGUUGAUGAACAAUGGAUAUCAACAUUUCAAGCCAAUGAUUUCCUUGGUAUGCCCGGACAUUUUUCUGAUAUAUGCUUGAAUGAAACAGGAAACAAGACAGAUUUUAUCACAAGAUGGAGCAAGUGGUCAUGGUCCGACGAGAUCGCUAGGAAAUGCGGAAGCAAAUUUGUAAGACACGGAGUUUGUAUAAUGGGUAUUGAAGAACUACCGGUAAUUGCUCAAAUGCCAAAUAUUAUGUUCAAUAAGAUGUUACCAUCGUUUGACUACGCCAUCAUCGACUGUACGGCAGAGUUGAUAUAUAAUCGUACAUUUUUGGGUCAGGAAGAUCAUCCAUUGGAGGAAGAAUAUUAUGCAAAUAUGGUUAAUGUAAUUUAUCAUAAACACCACUUGGAACCGAAUUACGAGUUAAAUUGCACCCCGGGUUACGAACUAUGGAGAAAUAGAAAAUAUCCUUUAUGAUUUUUUCGUUAUUCCUGUAUUUAUUUUAUUAUAUUUAUAAAAAAUGCGUUUUUUU